AGCAACUGAAGGAACGAAAAAAAAAACUGCAACUCCGUCUUCCAUUCAUUGCAAAAUCGAUCGCCGACCAAGACGGACGUGUUCACCUCCAUUGGCUCCCGUGUGCACACCAUGAACAGUCGCGAUCGCGAUCUACGAGCUUAGAGAAAGAAGCGUGAUCCUGUUCUGAUCUAGUUUCGCGAUUCACUCCGCAUCGUUUCCGUGCGUGAUAGUGUCUAAUUAUUGUUUAGGCGGUACGCGAGUUUGCCAGUUACGACCGAACGCAUCCAAAACGCAAACAUUACGCCACCACAAACUAUCACCGCUGUCGGUGCGGCUGUUGGUGACUAACGUGCUCUGGUUGGAACCAGGAAUAGUGUGUGCUUUUAUUUUCCUUUCGUGCGCAUCGCGCGGAAUUGGUUGUUUGGCUUAGCUGCGCUAUCAAGUUCACGUAAUGCGCGUGUGAAAAAGUUUAGUGGAUGCAUUGAAAGUGCCACUCGGUUGCGGCGAACAAGGAAACGCACCACGUGAAGUAGCGCGCAACAUUCAAAAUCAGCGAUCAACCAUCACAGCACAUCACAGCCUAUCUCUUCUUGGCGAAGGCUUCCUUUGUUUGUUCGGAAAAUCUUGGAUCUGCUGAGGUGCAGCCGGAGACCGUCAUCUGUCAGUCAACCUUGCUGCUAUUUAUUUUUACAAUUCUAUUUUCCACCACAGCAAAGCACCCCGCCGCCACAGGCCAUCAAUCCAUUAGGGUUUGACGGCCUCCCAGUAGUGAUCGAUCCAUUUGAUCGCGGUGCGGUAGUAGUGCGGCGAAUUGAACUGCAUUCGUAGAAUAAUAAAGCAGCAGAGCAUAAUAAGCGGUACGAUUUGUACAAGUGUGUGAAUUGAAUGGAAAAGCUGAACUACUAACUAAUUCGAACAAGUUGAGCGACGACACGAUUAGCUACCUAUACCUAGGUGGAAAACGGAAAAAGACAAUUGGAUUAAACUGAUUGUUGAUUAGCAUUACCAUCGAUAGGUUUGAUUGUAUUUUUAUUUCCGGAACGAGAAGGUGCUAGCAACGAUGGCGUUCUUCAAGAGUAUUUGGAAAAAUGGCUCCAAGCACAAGAAGCUGUGCGAGGAGCUGGCACUCGCCAACAACAUCCGGGACUUUUCGGACAACCACGAAGAGCUGGAGGAUGGCUUUGGCGAGGCGAUCACCUACAGCGUCAAGUAUUUGGGCAACACGACGAUAGCGACACCCCGUUCGGAGAACUCCACUGCGGAGGCGGUGAAGAAGAUCAUCACUGCUGCAAAAGGAAAUAAAAAACUUCAGCGUGUGACCCUAUCCAUCUCACCGAAAGGCAUCGAAAUGAUAGAUCUUACCACCGGGGAAACACUGCUGCAGGUGUCCAUUUACAACAUUUCCUACUGUUCAGCGGAUGCAGCACAUGAUCACGUGUUCGCUUUCGUCGGUACCGUCCACAAUCCGGAAACGGAAGUUAAGGAGAUGUGCUUCCGCAAGGACGCCGAAGAAGUAGAAUUCGACGGCCCUCUGAUUUGCUAUGCCUUCUUGUGCCAAAAGCGCAAAAUGGCCCAAACCGUUACGCUGACGGUGGCCCGCAGUUUUGAACGGGCUUAUCAAAUCUGGCAGAAUAAGCAGUUCCAGGCGGAUCGGAAGCGCAAAGAGCUGGUCAAACUGAAUGGUUCUAGUCGAUCGGCUGAUAGUGGCAGUGGCAGCAGCAGCAGUAGCAGUAGUAAUAAAAGCAGAGACGAGACCGACAGUAAGAGUUUGCUGAUCGAUUUCAAUUCGGAUUUGACUGCGGAGAUUUGCUCCAAAGACCAUCGGGAGCUACUGCAGAAUACUUGGGUUUCAUUUGAGGAUGAUCAAUCGCAAGAAUUCUUCACAGUGCCAAAUCUCAACACUGCCAACGGAUGGAGCAGGACUGCAAUUUGUUCCAACUGAAGGAGGUCAAUUAUCAGCUUUUGAGCUUAUCUUAUCAAUAAGAUAGAGGGUAAUUGUUUUUUUUAUGAUUAAAACAAAAAUACAAAAAUAAAGAACAUACUUUACUACAUACAAAAUUACAAAAUACAAAAAAAACUCAAAACUUAGUUGUAAGCAAUUGUGAUAAAACUGGAUGUUUAUAAUUUUAAUGUGAAAUAAAAAUGAUGUAACAAAUCA